GUUUAGACUUUUAUCCUUGGAUUAUCAUUAACUUUUUGUCAUGUAAAAACACAUGACGGUUGUAUCAACUCAUUACAUCAAGUCAUUACAUCCUACCUUUUUAUAACCACCAAUGACAGACUGCGAAGCCAAGGGGUCAGUUUUCUGUUAGCAUAAAGAACACACAUAAAGGAGUUGACUACCAAAGAGAUUUCGAUCUCCAGGAAUAAGAGUGCUCUACAAGUGGAUAUAAACUUCUGACCUGAUCCACUGAUAUUAAAAAUGGCCAAUUCACAUGCUGUCACAAUUCAGCCCCAAUUCACUGUUGUUACUAGUACAUCAAGAAGUAACUGGCAGACAGGGCUACUGGACUGCUGCAGUGACUGCAGUGUGUGUCUGUGUGGAGCAUUCUGUUUUCUUUGUCUCCAGUGUCAAGUUGCAAGUGACAUGGAUGAAUGCUGCCUCUGCGGCUCAAGUGUGGCUAUGAGGACACUCUACCGGACAAAAUACAAUAUCCCAGGAUCCAUCCUUUGUGAUUUCUUCUCUUCCCUCUGUUGUCCUAUGUGUUCUGUUUGUCAGUUAAAGAGAGACAUUACCAGAAGGAAAGAACAGGGAAUCUUCUAAUAAGGUUUUCUUCCGCUUGUUUCUGCAUAUUCAGUGUUUUAUAUGCAAGAAUACAAAGAUCUACAGGAGAUGCAAGCAAGCAAGGCAGCACUUUUGGCUUAUUUGCUAUGAAUUACCAGGGAAAAAAUAAAAGGUUUUUCA